AUGUAUAGAGAGAUUAAUCCUAAUGAUUAUGAAACGCUUCUUCAACUUGAUGAUAGAAGUAAUCGCCGCGUUUUAACGACCGAACAGUUUGUGUCACUUAGACGUGGAAAUUGGAAUGAUGCAUUUGAAUAUGAUACGUGUCAUAUAUGCUUAGAAUCUUUUGAUAGCAAUAGUACGUGUGUUUGGCUAUUAUGUGGACAUUUUUUCCAUGUUUCAUGUGCUCAAAGUUGGCUAACAGAACAUUCGGCAGUUUGCCCCCUGGAUCAUAUUCCGGUCAUAGUUUCUGCUAGUGGAAAUCAUGUGGUUGAACAGAGUUUACCAAACUUGCCCGCUGUGAGGUCUCUUAACCGUCGAGUAGAAAGGGAUAGGCGUGAGACUGCUGUAUCUUCAGCGGUUUUGCGACGAAGUGUACGCACAGUACCACGACGUAUCGAGAGAUCGAUACCUCCUUCUACCACAUCUCUGCCCCUACUUGAGCUACAGAUUUUGCCAUUGGGACAUUUACGGCCUCGUGAACAAAAUUGGAUUCGAUUUCGUUACGGAAGUAGUUAG